AUGAGAGGAACAGAUAUUCACAGCAUACAGAAGGAUUAUCCCACAACAGUGGGGUUAACAGAAUUGCAGAUGAACCUGGUGCCAUAUCCCUGUAUGUACUUUACACUGGCCACCUAUAUCGAAGUUAUCUCAGUCAAGUAGGCUUACCAUAAGCAGCUCUCAGUGGCCAAGACCACCAAUUCCCACUUUGAGCCAGCUAAUCAGAUGGUCAAAUAUGACCCUAACAAAGAUAAGUAUGUGGCCUGCUGCACGUUGUACAGAGGAGACGUGGUCACAGACAUUGUCACUAUCAAGGCCAUGUAUAUCCAGAUUGUGAAAUGGUGCCCAUUUAGAUUUAAGGCAGGCAUUAACUACCAGCCCCCCUUUAUGGUCCCUGGGGGAGACCUGGCCAAGGAACAGCAGGCCAUGUGUAUGCUCAGCAAAACAACUGCCACUGAAGAGGCCUGGGCUCACCUAAAUCACAAGUUCAACCUCAUGCAUGCCAGAGAGGCCUUUACGCACAUCUAUGUGACAGCAGGUGUGGAGGGGUGUUCUCUGAGGUCAGAGGACCUGGCAGCCUCGGGGAAGGGUUAUUAAGAGAUGGCUGUGGAUUCUGCAGAAUGAGGGGGGGGAAUACUGAAGUGUCAGGGAGCACUACAGAUCGCACCGGGGCUGCUUAGUCCUAACGGCGAGCGCUCGGUAGUCACCCUGGAUACACAAACAAAACAAGGGAGCGAGGACACGGCCGCUCCGGGGAUCUCAAGCACCUCAGCGGCAACGAUCGGCCCGCACUCCCAACAUCCGGUGGCCGGCCCGCCAGGAUCUCUUCCGGUCCCGCCCCUUGAGGGCAGUCGCAGCCCGCUACGGAGUCCCUACGCUCCCAACUUCCGCAUUGACCCACCCAUCGCGAGACUUUGGCGGCGCAGCAAUGGCAAGACCGUGAGUACCGCUGACGGGAGUCUAUAG